AUGACUUCUGACUCCUCGAACACUGAUAAAUAUCAGCUAAACAAUGGCUAUUCAAUUCAACUUGCAAUUGACUUAAAUAGUUUAAUUACAUUGAAACUUAUUGAUAACCAUGAAACAGUUAGUUCUGUUUCAUUUACCGAUCAUCAAUGUUCUUUACUGACGCAUAAACUAUGUGACACGUCAAAUGAUCUUUAUGAAUUAUUAAUUGAUCUCUUAUCAACAGCAGAAUCUUCAACUAAUUCUAAGAUAUGUGUUAUAAACGAUGAUCGUAUUAAUGUGUCAUUUCCAAUCCACUUCGGUAGUCGAAAUAAAACGAAGCUAUGGUCGUUUACAAUCGCAUUUCUGAAGCCAGCGUCGUUUAAUGAUAACAACACUGAAGAAAUUACAUUAGAUCCUCUUGAUUGGACUGAAACAAGAUUAUUAGGACAUCAAAUCAUGGAUGAUAUGAUCGAUUAUUUGCGAGAUCUUCGUCUUCGACCUACAUGGCGCCCAGUUCCAUUGACUGUGCAACAGUCAUUAUCACAACAAGAUCUCCCGUGGAAAAGUCAAUCUGCACGGGAAGUCUAUGAUGAAGUUCGAUCACUUAUUUUACCGUAUCCAUUGGGUAAUAUUCAUCCACGGUUUUGGGGUUGGGUAAUUGGUACUGGUUCUCCCAUUGGAAUUUUAGCUGAGCUAAUUACAGGAACGAUGAAUAAUCAAUCAUGGGGUGGUAAUCAAGCAAGUAUCUAUUUAGAACGUCAAGUAUUGACAUGGCUCAAGAGUAUCAUGGGUUUUCCCACAGAUGAGACUUGUUCAGGUGCACUCGUGAGUGGUACCUCAGUAGCAACGAUCGUUGCAUUGGCAGUGGCUAGAAAAAAAUUUCAUGGUCGUAAGAUGAAAAUCUACUGUUCAACAGAUGCACAUAAUUGUACUCUUCGAGCUGUCGAUAUUCUUGGCAUUGGAAAAGAAAAUAUCAUUAUUGUUCCGACUAAUAAACAAAGGCAAAUUGAUUUGCAGAUGUUGGAAAAAGCAAUCGAUUUAAAUUUUGGUGGAGUUAUUGUUGGUAGUGCCGGUACAGUUGGCACGGGUGCUAUUGAUGAUCUCAAUGGAUUGGCUGAUUUAUGUGCUCGACAUCCUAAUGAUCUCUGGUUUCAUAUAGACGGUGCUAUUGGAGCAGUAGCUUGCUGUUCGGCACUUCUUCGACCUUUAUUUAUUGGUCUUGAACGAGCUGAUUCAAUUGCAUUCGACUUACAUAAAUGGCUUUUUGUUCCAUACGAAUGCGGAUGUAUUCUAAUUCGUGACGGUGAUUUACAUCGAGCAGCAUUAGGUCAAUCAGCUUCGUAUUUAUCAUUGAUGGAUGGUGGUGUUACACCGAGUACUGGUGCUAUGCUUUUUAGUGAUUAUGGAUUAGAAUUAGCGCGUAGUAUGAAAUCUCUCAAAGUUUGGAUGACAUUUAAAACUUAUGGACUCGAGACAUUCAGUCGAAUCAUAGAACAAAAUAUUGAUCAAGCAAAAUAUUUUGUUUCAUUAGUUCAGCAACAUUCAGAUGAACUUGAAUUGCUCAGUACAGGUCCACUGAAUAUUGUCUGUUUUCGUUACAUUGUACCACAUUUGAAUAAUGUGGACGCGGAGACAACAAUGAACAAAUUUAAUAAACAACUAUUAGUUGCUAUUCAAGAACGUGGCAUAGCUGUUGUGUCAACAUUUGUUAUCGAUAAUAAUGUAUUUGCAUUAAGAAUGUGUAUAACAAAUCAUCGAACAAAACGAUCUGAUCUUGAUUUAUUUCUUGAACAACUUCUUGCCGUAGCUCGUGAACUGUUAACUACACCUGAAUUUUCUAACACUGCAUAA